UGCUCGCUGGUUUUUUAGUUACUUCCGCGUUACUGAGUCAAACGCAAAAGUUUCAACAUCAUAAAGAAACCUGAGCACAAUAAUGGCGGAUCCACAGCCGGUGAAGGUGCCGCCAACGUUCAAGACGCUGCUGCCGUUCAUCCGGCGCGCCGAGGAGCUGGAUAGGGAUACCUCGCGGCCAGAGUCCAAGCUAAUCGCGUAUUUCUGCCGCCAGUAUGCUAUGGAGCUGGGCAUUAAACUUCGCGAGAACGACGCGUCCAACGAGGCGACAGACUACUUGCUAUCGCUCAUGGACCGCCUGGAAGAUGAAAAGAACAAACUACCAGACUUUACGCAGGAGGAAGGGAAGGUCAGUGGGCAAUGCGAUACGGUGUUUCCUGAUGUUGGAAGUAGUGUGCUGAAUGAGCUGAACUGAUUACAGGAAAUCUGCGAGGAUUUCGCAAUGGAAAUUUUCUCCAAGGCGGACGAUGAGGAUCGCGCAGGACUGGCGAACAAGGGCACUGCUCGUACGUUCUACGCUGCUGGCACGUUUUUCGACAUUCUGAACCAGUUUGGGGAUAUAUCCGAGGAUGUUGUGGAGAAGCGUCGCUACUGCAAAUACAAGGCUGCGACGAUUUUGAAGGCGAUUAAGGAAGGUAAAACGCCGACGCCCGGGCCGCCAGAAGGACUGGACAUGAAAAAUACAGAAGACGGAAUUGAUGAGGCAGCGCCAGCACCCACACCGGUGCCUGCCACUCCGCAGCCACCUGCUCCCGCUGUGGUAACACCACCGCUGCAACCAUCAGAACCAGCAUACAACCCAACAUCUUUUCCUUCACUCACCGAGUCGGUGAGAUCAGCGGGUGCAAUGAGUGCGAGCGAACUUGAUAGUACUUGGGCCGGGCCUCCUACAAUCCAGUCACCCCUAGCACCAUCAGCCCCGAGCCACUCUGCACCGGCCGCUCCUUCAUCCUCGGCGUACUCAGUUCCCACGGCCCCACCUGCUCCCACAGCUCCAACACCACCCUACCGGCCACCACCAGCUCCAACUCCGGCAUAUCAGCCUCUCCCUGCUCCAAAACAGUCGUAUCAACCUCAGCCCAGUUACACACCUCAGAGCACACCUGCUCGCACGCGUACUACCCCCGCAUCACAGAACGAGAUUAAUGACGCGAUUGAGUACGCCAAAUUCGCCAUCGCUGCUCUCAAGGUGAAAGAUAUGAAGCUGGCAGAAGAGCGUUUGGAGAUGGCCCUGCGCAAUAUUAGAGGAGGGUAGAUGCAUUGCUGCCAGACUUGAGUGCUUUUUUUUUCAGAAUUAUUCGUAUUGUUCAUCUUUUUGUUGUCGUAAGCGUUAUUUUUCCAGCUUCAAGUGGGCACCCUUACGUGAAGGAAGCGUAGAUAGAGUGGCCUGAGCCCAGUCCUUGAUCUCUGAAAACUGCGCUAGAAUUUCGAAUACUGGAGUGCGCAACAGAGUUAGAAUCAGUACAAUUCAACAAACAUCAAUUAGACCUACCAUGGUUGACAGUCAA